GUACCUGUUUGCUCUCCAGAUAAAGCAUGAUUUGGCGUGUGGACGUCUGACCUGCAACGACACCAGUGCUGCUCUGCUGGUCUCACAUAUCGUCCAGUCUGAGAUCGGGGACUUUGAUGAGGUCCAGAGUUUUCAACACCUUCUUCACAACAAGUACAUGCCGAACCAGGACGCCCUGAUGGACAAGAUCACAGAGUACCACCGCAAGCAUGUAGGCCAGACGCCAGCCGAGUCGGACCAUCAGCUGUUGGAGAUCUCCCGGCGCUUGGAGAUGUACGGAGUCAGACUCCAUCCUGCUAAGGACCGAGAGGGGACCAAGCUCAGUCUGGCUGUGUCUCAUAUUGGACUGCUUCUGUUUCAGGGGGGGGACACUAGGAUCAAUACUUUUAACUGGUCUAAAGUCCGCAAGCUGAGCUUCAAGAGGAAGCGUUUCCUCAUCAAACUCAGACCAGACCUCAAUCAGAGUGGAUACCAGGACACCCUGGAGUUUGCGAUGGGCAGUCGAGACUGCAGUAAGAUCUUCUGGAAAAUAUGUGUGGAGUAUCACGCCUUCUUCAGACUGUUUGAGGAACCCAAACCCAAACCCAAAGCCGUUCUCUUCACCAGAGGCUCCUCCUUCAGGUUUAGCGGUCGGACACAGAAGCAGGUUUCUGAUUACGUCAAGGACUCAGAGUUUCAAAAGGUCCCGUUUGAAAGGAAACACAGUAAGAAGGUGUCCUGCGGCAGCCUGACCCCCCAGGAUGGAAAGACAUCCACACUACCACCAGAGACUGUCUCAGUGGACCAGACAGACUCUCCUCUCAGGUCGACCCUCCAGGCCCCGGGGGACGACCCCACGGUGACCAACGGCCACCAGGCUGGACCGGAGGCCCUACCCUCCUCCACCAGCCAUCCAGAGCAGCAGAUCUCAGGUGUGAUCUCGGGCAUCUCUGAUCUCUCGGACUCCACCUUGGCCAACCCUUCAGUGGUGGUGAACGGGCAGAAACCCUUUCCCCUCGGCCCGGGUCAGAGCCCCAACGUGCACCAGCCCUCGCCCUUCAACGCCCAUUCCUCGCCCCUCUCAUCCCCCCUGUUCACCGACGCUGGUGGCUACGUCCGUACGGAUGACGAGGACGAGGUUCGGAGGAAGAAGUUCCCAACUGACAAGGCCUACUUCAUCGCCAAGGAGCUUCUCACCACAGAGAGAACCUUUCAGAAGGACCUGGCAGUUAUAACCGUG